ACUUGUGGUCGCUUCUUAGGAUGACGCCAUGACGCUGCUUCCGACUUCCGUGAGAUUGAACUGUUGUUUACACAUGUGUUUACACUCUUCGUCUACGCUCUCCUCUACAUUCUGCUCUAACCUCUUCAUUUAUCUGUCUGGCUAUGUUAUUAUUCCACGCUUAGUUCACAUAAAACUAGAUUCGCUAGUUUUCUUUCUGAAACGACAUUGGCGUUAGUGGCUAACGUUAGCCUUUCGUUGUCACUCUGUUCACUAGCUUCGAGCUUAGCCUAGCUUAGCAGUUAGCUUUGUGAAUCCACAGGUGCAUCUUCUCGUCCUCCAAAAUGGCAAAUAAGUUACAGCAGCUGAGAGUGUUUGUUAACGAGCGACUGACAGCUGCGGCGGAGGAAAUCUUCAGUGCUGUGGAAAGGACGAUUUUAGAGUAUCGAAAUGACAUUUAUCUGUCCAAGGAGGAUGUGAAACACAGCGGGCUGCUGCUACUAGCUGAAGGUUUGAACCGGCAGGUGCAGGUGGAGGUGUUCACUGCAGUCUCCCAGGAGGUCAGCGUUUCUGAAGCAGAGGCCUCCACCCAGCCAACACACAGUGCAGAUGCAUUUCCAGAGCCUCAGGAACACCAGGCCAGCCGGGACCAAGAGAAACUGCAGGACCUGUCACAACGUGAUGCUGUUGCUUGUUUUAAGUAUGAACAGAGCAUGCAGCCGUCCUCUUGCUGUCAAACCCAAACUGAGACCAGCAGAGAAGAAGAGCUUCUUCCCAUCUCUUCAGCUGAGUGGUUGAAAACAGAGGAGGAAGAAGAUGGCUAUGGAGGAUCAGAAACAGCCAAUUUCUGGCAGCCGCUCUCCUCAGAUAGCAUGGAUGAAGAUGAUACCAGUGAUGCUGAAUUUACACAGAGAGGAGGAUCUAACUCAUGUUCAAAGACAGUGAAGUCAAAGAAAAGGGCAAAGCAAAGACUUUUGGGAAAAGCUCUGGUGAGCCCUCAUAUCGAACAACAGCAAUGUCUACUUCGAACCCCUGUCUCUGCUAACGUGAUGAUGCAGAUUCAAGCCAAGGCUGCAACCUUACCUAUGCAUCCAGCUUUGCUUACUGGAAAGAAGAGGAAGAGAUGCCAGUGCUGCCCUAACAAAAAGGACACCAAGACCAGCACCGUUUGCAUCAAAUGUCAAAAAUACAUUUGCAAGGCACACACCCAAGCAUUCAAAUUCUGCCCAUCAUGCAUAUAAACAUAAUAAAUAUAACUUUUUUUAUAUAUAUAGCACCUUUCAAAAACAAAGUCACAAAGUGCUUCACAAUAGUUACAACAAAUACCAUCAGUUAAGAAAAAGCCAUAAGAUUAAAAGUGAGUCUUAAGAAAGAAUUUAAAAGAUGACACUGAGUUCCACAGCUGAGGGGCCUGAACAGCAAAGGCCCGGUCACCUUUAUUGAGAAGUCAAGAUUUUGGAACAAUUAGUAGGGCUCUGCUGGUGGAUCUGAAGCAGUGAUCAGGCUCAUAGGGAGUUAGCAGAUCACAGAUACAGGCAGGAGCCUGAACAUUCAAGGCUUUAAAGGCCCCAUGAAAUAAAAAAUACAUUUUCCCAGUUUUAA